AGUCGGCCCAAAACCCAAACCAAAUUCUUCUCUUUUGCGCUCCGCACAUUGUCAGUGUCUCAGUCAUCAUCACUGUCAUCACUUGCACAGCAGCAGGAGCUUCAGCAAGCAAGAACAUCAUCAUCAAACAUGGACCCACUCUCCGCCCUCCGCGACUUCACAAUCCGAGGCGAGUUGGAGAAGAUCGUCCGAGUCAACGACGAGUUCCGGUUCGACUCAGACUACAGCUUCCCCUGCCACGCCGAAACCGCCUACCGGUCCAAGCAGGGCAAUCUUUAUACCCUCGAAACUCUCCUUUAUUACGUCACCAACCACCACCUCAAGCACACCGACUACAUCCAGAGCGCUCGCACCCAGGGGAUCCCCUCCGUCACUUUCCCCGACCGCAAGCCCCUCCUCGACUACCUCACCGGAAAGAUCUCCUCUUCCGACUCCAUCGAAUUCCUUCUCCCCCCUCAAAAUGACGCCGUCCAUCCCAAACUCCCCAGUCUCGAUCCGAACGUCAACAGCGGCAUCAACAAAGACAGCAACGAUUACGGUACGACUGAUUCUAGGGUUUUCAGUCAAAUUGAGACCCCGGUGGACUACAUGUCGUUGAUUUGCUCCGGGGAGAGGCCGUUGAAGGACCGGGAGGGCUUGUUGGAGUGUAAAGGGAGGAACUUUUACGGCGUUUUGACUUCGGCGACCAAGCGAGAGGAGGAACGACAGCGUAUCGAGUCGCAGCAGAGGAAAGACGGGUUGGUGGCGAAGAGUAGGCUAAUGGGUUCGGACGAGAGGGGUUUGACCGGGUUCGGGGACGAAUCGGGUUACGACCCGAAUCCCAAGCCCAAAUUGCACUUGAAGGGUGGUAAAAUUGGGGAAGGUGUGCCCAUAAUUUUGGUGCCCAGUGCGUUUCAGACGCUGAUUACGAUUUACAAUGUGAAGGAAUUUUUGGAAGAUGGGGUUUAUAUACCAACGGAUGUGAAGGUGAAGCAGAUGAAGGGGGCUAAGCCAGACUGUGUGACGGUGCAGAAGAAGUUCAGUAGGGAUAGGGAUAGGGUGGUAACGGCGUAUGAGGUCAGGGAUAAGCCCUCGGCGUUGAAGGCCGAGGAUUGGGAUCGGGUUGUGGCGGGUUUUUUGUUUGGGGGAGAGGGGGGGGGGUAAGGGUUGGGCUGGACUUAUGUGAUUUGGGGUUGUUUGUGUAUGUUUGUCUGUAAUGCAGUCGUGGGGUUUUUCAUGCGUUUUGAAGAUGACAGUGUGGAGUCAGCUAAAAUUGUGAAGCAGUGGAAUGUAAAGAUCAUCUCGAUUAGCAAGAAUAAGCGGCAUCAAGAUAGAGCCGCGGCAUUAGAGGUGUGGGACAGACUAGAAGAAUUUGUACGGUCACGGUCACAUUCUUGAUGUGCGUCAAGUUUUGGGGAGAAGGAUGUAUGCAGCUGUCUCAUGUUGGAGAUCACUUGGAUUUUGGUGCUCCUGUCUGUAACUUUGAAGUUUAGUUGCAAAAUUUUGAGGAUAUUAUAACCUUAUGUUUUUAGCUGAGUGGAAGUUAUAUCAAUCAAGAGAAGAGUACAUGGAUAGAUGAUUGGUUGGUUGAAUAUCAAGGGUAGAUAUUUGAAGA